CUCACAUGAAUUUUUUAUCUAGUAGGGGAUGCUGUUGUCUAUAAUUUCGAUAAGAAACAUAUGACAUGAGAGACCAGUUGGGGAUCUUGUGAUAUACUUAAGAAUUGGCGAUACGGUUCUCCUUCAAAAUGAUGUAUACAAUACCGUCUUUGUAAACGCGUUAGUUACUAAGGAAUUAAUCAUCCAGCUGUUGCCGAAACAGCAAAACAGUAUAUGCAUAUUCCUUCUGCGGAAACAAACGACCCGGCCGAGAUUUUUUUUUUUUAGUUCAGCAGCUAGAAAAAAAUAAGUCAAACUUUCCCGCAGAUCGCGCGAAAUCUCACAGCAACCAAGAAGAAUAUACAAUGGACAAACAAGUGCUAGAGUUACUCGAAUUCCUACAUCAGCCACGUCCUGAGAUCCGAGCACUUGCCGUCCAGCAACUGACUGCACUCACACCCAGAGCGUCCGAGUUCCAACCACUCCUUAUCAGCAAACGCGAAACCUUGAUUCCAGAUCUAAAGUCUUUGUGCCAUGACGAUACUGUUGUAGCACACGAAGCCCUCAAAUGUCUUAUCAACCUCUCGCAUGACCCUCGUAUCCUUCAAGAACUCGAUGACAAGUAUUUCCUUAACUUUCUGUGUCUUUUAAUUCUGAUCCCCAAGUCAGUUCUUGCUGAUCCCGCUUGUAUGCUACUUUCCAACAUGACGAAACACGAACCUAUAUGUGUCAAACUUUUGGAAGGCGAAGCAAAACCGCUGCCAGGUCUCUGUGACUCUACACGUUUGAUGGACCAUCUUGUUGAGGCAUUCCAUCGUGGACACAAGAAGGCAUAUAAUCCCAAAGCAGAGUUCAAUUUUUUGGCAAGCGUGUUCUCUAACGUAUCUGGGAUCCGUGCUGGCCGAGUAUAUUUCCUUGAAAAGGCACCUUAUGACAAGCUCGCACCUUUGACCAAGCUGCAAAUUUUCUCGGAAGACACCAAUGUUAUCCGUCGUGGUGGUGUGGAUUCGACAAUGAAGAACUGCUGUUUCGAAACCCGUGAGCACGAACGUAUCCUUGAAGCUGACCAAUUGAACACAUUACCCUUCAUCCUCUUGCCACUAUGUGGUAGUGAAGAAUACGAUAUGGAGGAAUUCGAACAAUUCCCAGAGGAAAUCCAGUUACUGGAUGAUGACAAGAAACGUGAAAGCGAUUCGGUUCUCCGUAUGAUCCUCGUUGAAUCUCUUAUACUUUUGACUCACACUCGUUUCGGUCGUGAAUAUCUUCGCCAGAAGCAAGUCUAUCGCGUCAUCCAGAAAUUGCAUGCAGUGGAAACAGAUGAAAAGAUUAAGGAAAAAUGUGUGUCAAUUGUAGACAUGUUAAUCCGAGACGAGGCUGGUCCUGAGAUCCAGGAAAUUGACAAGACUAAAAAGCAAGAAGAGGAAGAAGAAUCCGAUGAUGAUAUGGUCAUUGAAGAAAUUGUAUAAACGAGU